ACAAUCAGAAAUGCAGCAAAGAUCGAUUAGAAGCACAACGGUCGCAAAACGGAUAAUAAACUGAAACUAAUCCACACGUUGGGAAGAUGGCCAUGUAUACGAAGAACUAUUCGGCUAGCGUAAUGAGCUAGCAGAAAAUGUCGGGUUCUUCUUGCUGAAUCGAUUCCACGAUCAAGAAUAGGGAUUCCCAUCCAUGGGUAUUUUACUAUCCAGUCCAAUUGGAUUGGGUAUGAAAUCCAAAUAGAUGGAUAUGUAUAGAGUUUGAUGGGUUUUUACUCAUACCUAUUUACUUGGGUUGGGUUGGGUUUUUAACAAAUGAAUAUUUGGGUUUGUACCCAUGCCUAGAGGUGGCAAGUGAGAUCCAAAUCCAUUUAUCCAAUUCAAUCCAUUUAAAAUGGAUCCAAAUCAAUUUAAGUUGAUCCAAAUCCAUUAGAUCCAAAUCCAUUUGAUUCAUGGAUUGAUGAUUGAUCCACCAAUCCAUUAACACAUAUUAUUUUCUUUAUUCAUUUUAUAAUAGAUCACAAAACAAAUCUGCUCUUAGAGUUACUCGACCUAUAGCUCCAACUAUUCUUUCCGACAAGGCGACGACGAAGAGCAGCGCCGGCGACCUCUCCACCGCAUGCUCUCCAUGUCCAUAUCCACCAUACCACCGUCCCAAUCGAAUCUUCUUUCCCUCGACUGUGAUUGAACAACUCCAAUAUGUUCCUCUCCCCCGAGUCUGAAUCAGAUCCAAAAUCGCAACUCCAAUCUAUAGCCAGCGCCGACGAAAUCUCCGCCUCCUGGCUCUUUUAUUUGAGAACCCAUCCUGCGAAUCGACCUUUCCUCCAGCGUCGACGAAAUCUCCACCGCCUGGCUCUUCUAUUUGAGAACCCAUCCUGCGAAUCGACCCUUCUGCAGAUAGGCGACCUCUAGCGUAUCCAAGCUCUAGUCGAAAUAUCAGGUAAUUUCAAGCUCUCCAAUGCUCGAAAUUCUGAAAGUUCAGCUUAUUUUGAAAUCUGGUCUUGCUGGUUUUCACCGCCACUUAACCAUCAUCUAUUCAAAUUGGCAAAAGCCGGAGGAGAAAGAUCUUUGAAAUCCAUAGGAAUUUUUGGUUCUUGAAGAUGACAAUUGCUUGACGAGACUACGGAUAUAAGCACCGGAGAGGUGAGGCUCCUCUUGGUUCACCACCUUACUAUCGGUUUCAAUUGCUUCUUUAGUUGCUUCUCUUAAUGAAAUCGAUCGAACAACAGCAGCAGGGAUCAAGCCAACCGCUCAUCAUUUGCUACUUGAUCCAACUGAAUGUGUGAAAGACUAUCCAUUGGGUUCCUAAGUAAACAGAUAUGUAGAACAGUUUUACAUCGACCCGUGUCUUAGCAAGUUUGAUAAUUGAUUUCAAUUUUAUAAUUCAUUACUUCCUUCUCCAUGAUGUUAUCUUUUCAUGGUUCACAAACGAAUGGAAAAGGAAACCUAGAUAUAGAGAUUGAUAAAUCAUUUUUGCGGAACUAGAAUAAUUAGGCAACAAACUAGGAAAGGAAUGCAUAUAUUUAGUUUAAUCCAACCAGUGAAGUAGUGUUCUCAUGGAAUUACCAACAUAUGUAAGUUGUGUUGGUCUUAUGGCUUAUGCAGAGUGUCAACAGUUUCUCUCCUCCAGUUCACAACACAGCAAAUUAUUGCGACAUGCUUAUAUGCUGUUACAGCCUCUCAACGUGCUUUUGCGGUUUUGUGCUUUUGCAACCCUCUCUUGAUCGAUUUCAUUUCAGUAUGAUGAAGUUCUGCUAAAAUAAUUAUCUUCUGUUAUGAAACUUGGCUCAAAUUUGCUUCAGAACUUGACUAACUGCAUAUGAUUGUCCAUGCUUGUUGAUCAACUUGCUCUCUUUCUAACCCAGAAAGUAAUUAAAUAGGGAUCAACUUGCUCUCGUGUGUGUUAUGUCCUUCUCUUGCUUAUGCUUUGGAUAAGGAUCACUAUUAUUAAGUUGAUUGUGAUUUCAUUUCAUUUUCUCCUGUUUCACUUGGUCAUGAUUCCAUUUGAUUGUGAUUUCAUUGCAUGGAUUGAUUUUAGGAUGUCAACACUAAGAAAGAAAUACCACGGAUGUUGGUGAUGGUAGUGAUGGUGGUGAUGGUGUAGCAACGAUGUCUAGGUCUACAGAUCGUACAAGUGGUUAUAAAAAGCGGAAAAACUUCCAAGGUGUGGACAAAUUUCGAUUAUAUUUUCGGAAAUCACUUUCCCGACAAGGUACCAAGUAGGGGUGUUCAAAUGGUUUGGUUCCCGUGGUAACCGUUUUAACCGGUACUAUUUGGAUAAUUUGGUUUGGUUAAUUUGGAUAAUGGGUUUGGUUUGGUUAAAGUUUUUAGCUUGUUUGGUUUAGGUGGUUUGGUUUGGUUUCUGACACUCCUAACCAGUCAAACCAAAUUAACCAGUUAAGUAAUU